UGAAUUCAAACAUGGCGUCAGAAGGAGAAGCGGGUAGCGGAGUAGUGGCUGAAGCCGACACAGCGAAGAGUGACGCUGCGUUCAGCGAGCUUCCGGUCAGCAUGGACACAGAGUCAUCCGGCGGCAAGGAGGGCAUGGUGACGGGCGAUGCCUCUGAGGCGGCCGACACCCUUACGGGGUCGGGGGACGAGGACAACGGGAGACAGUUAGGGGAAGUGGAGUUGCAGUGCGCCUUGUGUACAAAGUGGUUCACUGCCGACACGUUUGCCAUCAACACAGCGACUUGUCUCCCCUUCAUGACCAACUAUGUGUUCCACUGCAACGUUUGUCAUCACAGCGGCAACACGUAUUUCCUCAGGAAACAAGCCAACCUGAAGGAGAUGUGUCUCACAGCGCUGGCGAACCUGACGUGGAGGUCCAGAACCCAAGACGAGCACCCCAAGACCAUGUUCUCUAAAGACAAGGAUAUCAUUCCCUUCAUUGACAAGUAUUGGGAGUGCAUGACCACCCGACAGAGGCCCGGGAAGCUCACCUGGCCAAACAACAUUGUGAAGACGAUGAGCAAAGAGCGAGAUGUUUUCCUGGUCAAGGAACAUCCUGACCCCGGCAGUAAAGACCCAGAGGAGGAGUACCCCAAGUUUGGCCUGCUGGACCAGGACCUAGGUAACAUCGGACCGUCGUAUGACUCGCAGAAGCAGUCCGCUGUGCCGCCCGCUGCAGGAGGCCUCAACGGUGGAAACGCUUACUCAGGCGCCUUAGCUCCUGUGCCUGGAAAAGGAAGAGGAGCCAAGCGUAAACAGCAGCAGCAGCAAGAGGGGGCCACCGCAGGAGCCACCAAGAGGACUCGAAGCGACCCGCUCUUCUCAGCCCAGCGUCUUCCCCCCCACGGUUACCCACUCGAGCACCCGUUCAACAAAGAUGGCUACCGCUACAUCCUGGCCGAGCCGGACCCCCACGCCCCUGACCCAGAGAAGCUGGAGCUGGACUGCUGGGCCGGGAAGCCCAUCCCAGGGGAUCUGUACCGGGCGUGUCUGUACGAGAGGGUGCUGCUGGCUUUACACGACCGAGCGCCCCAGCUGAAGAUUUCAGAUGACCGACUGACUGUGACGGGCGAGAAGGGCUACUCCAUGGUGCGAGCCUCCCACGGCGUGCGGAAAGGCGCCUGGUACUUUGAGGUGUCCGUGGAUGACAUGCCUCCUGAGACGGCGGCCCGUCUCGGCUGGUCGCAGCCACUUGGCAACCUGCAGGCACCGCUGGGCUAUGAUAAGUUCAGCUACUCGUGGCGCAGCAAGAAGGGUACACGCUUCCAUCAGUCCAUGGGGAAACAUUACUCGUCGGGAUACGGUCAAGGAGACACGCUGGGCUUCUUCAUCGAGCUGCCAGACAACACGGAGACAGCCAAGGCGCUUCCUGACACCUACAAGGACAAGGCGCUCAUCAAGUUCAAGAGCUACCUGUAUUUUGAGGAGAAGGAUUACGUGGACAAAGCAGAGAAGAGCCUGAAGGCCAUGAGCCCCAGCAGGAUGAUCUUCUACAAGAAUGGGGUGAGCCAAGGCGUGGCCUUUGAGAACCUGUUUGAAGGCCUCUACUUCCCUGCCAUCUCCCUCUACAAGAGCUGCACGGUGUCCGUCAACUUCGGCCCACAUUUCAAACAUCCCCCAAAAGACAUCCGUUACAAGCCGAUGAGCGACAUGGGCUGGGGCGCCGUCAUCGAGCACACGCUGGCCGACACGCUCUACCACGUGGAGACCGACGUGGACGGGCGACGCAGCCCGCCGUGGGAGGGGUGAGCCCCCGCCUCCCCCUCACACAUCUGUGGAAACAGGCAGCUGGUUUUAUCACCAUUAUCAAUAUUUACACUCUGUAGCAGACACCUCUUCUAAUUGCUUCAUUUUUAUUUAAAAUACGUUUAAAUAAAAACGAAUUAGUGUGACAAGAGCAGACAUUCGUCAGCCUUUUGCGUUAGAGCAGGGGUGUCCAGACUGGCCAGCGAGGGCCGCGUACGCCAAAAUCAAAGAAUAUGGGGGACAUGUAGAUACGCUAACAAGUUAUUUAUGUUUCAAGACGAACCUAAUUUUGCAAAAAUUGAAACUUUCUUCUUUGUUUCGUUACUAAAAUUGCAGAAAUUGUGGAAAUAUUUUUUCUUAUUCUUUUUCAUGUUUUUGUCAUCAUUUUCUAAUAUUAAUAUCUGCUGCAAAUGGCCGCCUGUCCACACUUUGGACACCCCUGCAAUGACACACAAGACACGUACGGAUGUGUUGCUCCACCGUCUUCUCACUGUGUGCAUUUUUUUUUAAAGGACGCAAAUAAAAGUAUGCCAUGUUCUGUUUAAAA